AUGCGGAAGGGGCGCCUUGGACUCCAAGUGCAGUUGAAAUUCGCUGAAGCUGAUUCUGUUGCUCAUGUUCUUAGGUAUCUCUUGAAGGAGGAUGACCCCCAGGACGCCGGCUCCACGAAGGCUUUGCCCAUCUCCCAGUUGAAGGCUUGGACAAAGGGCCGGGCAUGGGUCUUUACCGACUUCGAGUUGAAAGACACGGUGGGGAAGGGCACCUUCAGCCGGGUGCGCGUGGUGAAGAUGAAAUCCAGCCAAGAGAGGACUCCCAUGGUGCUGAAGAUUCUCCGGAAGGGUGACGUGAUCCGGCUCAAGCAGGUGGAGCAUGUCAAGGCCGAAAAGCAGAUCAUGUCAAUGGUCGAACAUCCCUUCAUCGUCAACCUGCUGGGGGCCUUCCAGGACGACGAUCUGCCCUUGAAUGAUUGUUCGACGGGAGUGAACGUCCCUCUCUGA